AUGGUGCGCAUCGGCCGCCGCGAUGCCUCGAUCAGCGCCGUCCGGCUGUACACCAAGGGGCGCAUCAUGGGCCACAAGCGCGGAAAGUCGGUCUCCACGCCGCACACCACGCUCGUGAAGCUGGAGGGCGUGACGGACCAGAAGGAGGCGCAGUUCUACCUCGGCAAGCGCAUCGCCUUCGUGUACCGCGCACAGAAGGAGGUCCGCGGCUCCAAGGUCCGCGUCAUCUGGGGCCGCGUCACGCGCCCGCACGGCAACUCGGGCGUUGUGCGCUCCAAGUUCCGCCACAACAUCCCGCCGAAGGCCUUCGGCGCCAGCGUGCGCGUCAUGCUCUACCCCAGCACGACCAGGCCAUAA